UCACUGCUGUGAUAUCUUUGUCCACAUGUAAAGGAAUUUCUCUUUCUGUCUGUGUGUGACAUUUUUCCCCGUUAAAAGGGUUUGUUUUUCCUCAUCCGAACUGAGGGUCUAAGGACACAUUUGUGAUAUUGGGCUAUUUAGAAAACAUUAACUUGACUUGACUACCACGACUGCCAUGGUAACCAUGGGUUGGGUGAAGGAGUUGCAGAAAAAGAAGAUCAUUAUAGGUGUCUUGGCUGUAUCGAUUGUGACCCUAAUCCUCGGCCUUGGACUUGGUCUCGGCUUGGACUUGCAGAAAUGUCGAAACAAAGUCGUCCCCCACACAUCCUGCAGGAAUCGAUGCUACGAGCCCUAUGAUGGCGAGAUCCCGGGCUGCAGGUGUGAUAACAACUGUGUUGCCACCAACAGCUGCUGCUAUGACUACCAUGAUAUCUGCACUGUUGCUACCCAGCAGUGGGAGUGCACGAAGCUGCGCUGUGGAGAGAAGAGACUCACGCAGAGCAGAUGUCAUUGCUCCGAUGACUGUCUGUCUGCAGGAGACUGCUGCACAAACUACAAACAUGUCUGCCACGGAGAGAAAGAGUGGGUGGAGGACGAGUGUGAGGACCUGUCAGCCCCCACAUGUCCAGCAGGGUUUAAGCACCAGUCUCUGCUCCUCAUCUCUUUGGAUGGACUGCGGGCGGAGUACCUGCAGACAUGGAGCGCUCUCCUCCCUGUUCUGGACAAACUCAGGAAGUGUGGCACCUCCGCACCGUACAUGCAGGCAGCAUUUCCCAGCAAGACUUUCCCCAAUCACUACACCAUUGUUACGGGUCUCUAUCCAGAGUCCAACGGUUUGAUUGACAACACUAUGUAUGACCCGGUGUUUGACGCCACCUUCAGUCUGUCCAGUCCAGAGAAAGAUAACCCUGACUGGUACCUCGGACAGCCUAUUUGGCACACAGCAAAGUACCAGGGGCUGAAGUCUGGGACUUUCUUCUGGCCGGGAUCAGAUGUCAAAAUCAACGGAAGCUUUCCCAACAUCUACCAACCUUACAAUGGUAAAGUGCCAUUUGAAGAAAGAGUAUUCACUGUACUGAAGUGGCUACAGCUGCCAAAUGAUGAGAGACCAGAUUUCUACACGUUGUAUCUGGAGGAACCUGAUAAGUCUGGACACAGCUACGGUCCUGUCAGUGGAGGGCUGAUUGAAGCAAUCCAGGGUGUGGAUAAGAUCAUUGGUCAGCUUAUGAACGGCCUCAAGCAGAUUGGCCUACACCGCUGUCUCAACAUCAUCAUCGUGGCAGAUCAUGGUAUGGAGGCCACGAGCUGCGACAGGAAGGAGGUGCUGCAGGAGCUGGUGGGAAACAUCGGCGACUACUGGGUCACUGAAGGACCUUUUGGACGCAUCAGAGCUAAAAACAAAGACACAGUCUUGGACUCAGCUGGACUUGUUGCAAACAUGACUUGUAAGAAGCCAGACCAAAAGAUCAAGCCGUACCUGAAGCCCAACCUACCCAAACGCCUCCACUAUGCCAACAGCCGUCGCAUUGAAGAUAUUAACAUCCUGGUUGACCCAAAAUGGCUGUUUGAGAGAUUUCCUGGAUCUCUCACCUUCUGCUCUGGCGGCACUCACGGCUAUGACAACGAUGCUGAGAGCAUGCACGCCAUGUUUGUCAGUUAUGGACCCAAGUUUCAGUACAAAACAGAAAUCGAACCCUUUUCCAAUAUCGAGCUAUACAAUCUUAUGUGUGACGUGCUGCAGAUCUCUCCCACUGACAACAACGGAACUCAUGGCAGCAUGAACCACGCCCUGAGGCGGCCCUACCACACACCAGCGCCCCCUGCGGAACGGAGCGGGCCUGUUCAGUGUCCGCUGAUCAGCCUCGAACCUGCAGACAACCUGGGAUGCUCCUGUUCCGCCCUGAGUGGAAAUGCUAUAAACAGCCGUCUGAAUCUGACGGCAGAGGAAGAGUCCGCUGCAGAGAAGAAACACAUGCUGUUUGGUCGUCCCCGGAUGCUGCAGCCUGACCAGAGUUACUGCAUCCUCUACCAGGAGGGAUUCAUCAUCGCCUACAGCCACAAAGCCCUGAUGCCUCUGUGGAGCUCCUUCACCAUCGACAAGCCAAUAAACUUGGACCCGUUGCCGGCAGUGUCACCAGACUGUUUGAGGGCUGAUGUCAGAGUCCCAGCGUCCCAGAGUCCCAGAUGUGACCAGUACAACACUGCUGCGAAACUGACGCACGCCUUCCUGUAUCCACCCAAUCUGAAUGCAACUGUGGACCAGCAGUACGAUGCUCUACUUAUGAGUAACGUGGUGCCAAUGUACCCCGAGUUUAAGAAGAUCUGGGACUACUUUCACAGCACCCUAUUAAAGAAAUAUGCCUCAAUUUACAACGGCAUUAACGUAUUGACGGGCCCCGUCUUCGAUUACAACCAUGACGGCCAGUACGACACUCCAGAGCAGAUCCAACAGUUUGUGUCUGGCACGAACAUCUCCAUCCCCACACAUUACUUUGCGGUGUUGACCAGCUGCAGGGACUCAGCCCUCCCAGUGACCGCCUGCAUCGGGGAGAUGGAGACCGUGUCCUUUCUGUUGCCUCACAGAGUCAACAACUCAGAAAGCUGCAAAAGUACAGAAGCCGAAUCUCAUUGGGUUGAAGAUCACAUGUGGUUCCAUCAAUCACGAGUCAGAGACGUGGAGUGGAUCACAGGAUUGGACUUUUACCAGGGCAGCAAUCGACCAAUCCCAGAGCUGCUGAGGGUGAAGACCCGCCCCACAGCUGCCAUUUCAAGAAAAAAAUUGAAUCACUAAUUUCCACAAAAAAAUUUGAGAUAAAAUUAAAGAUUAAUGUUCAAUAUCUGUAAAAGUAUUUUGUUAUUGAGUAAGUAGUCUUUAAUUAUAUCACUUUGACACUGGACUGAAGGUACUAUUAUCCAACAGUGUUUAUUUAUUUACUUUUUAAUUUCAAACUGUUAUUUUUUUUGUAUUAUUUAAUCUUAUUAUAAUCCUAUUGUCAUUAUUUUUAGCCUGUUUGGGUUUUUUGUAAUCUAUAGUUAAAGAGUUGUUUCACAAAAAAAAACAUUUUUUGACCUUGCUGGACUUUUGGAGCCGUGGUGCUACAGAACCUUAAAUACAGUAAUUGAUGAUCAGGCACUUGUAUUUAGAUUUUUUUUCAGGUUGGGAUAAUACUGGAUAUAUUUUUAGGUCUUUACAGUCUGUAGAUUGUACCAAGAAUUAUAACAAACAGUGUCCACUAAAUUCAAGAAAUAUUGCUGUUGAAUUCUUUCAAAUAUGUUUUUCAUAUCUCUGAUAAGCAGAAGUAAAAUUACAUUCACCUCCAUUGUAGUGGGGGUGGCAGAAGUUUCAGAGCUGGAUAUCUCGUUUAAACUGUCUGCAUGGAUAGAAACCACUUGUGAUUAGUGAGAAUAUAUGUUUUUGUCAUUUGGAUAAACUGACUGUUUAAAGGUUUCCUCAUUUUGUACCAGUCCCUGUAAAUAAAAACUCCAAACAGUCA